GAUCCCGGACUAAAAUCAAAUACAAAAAUCUAACAGACAACGAGAGACUGGAAAUGCUGGAGGAACUCGGUGGAUCAGACUGCAUCAGACCGGGACCCUUCACCCCGACGAGCUCCCCCAGCACUUCGUGUUUUUUAAGCCAACAGACAGGAUCUGCCAAACGUUCCCUUUGCAAUAGCACGGCACUAUUCUCUUCGGUCCGUAUUCACUCCGCCUAUUGUUGAAACUCUGGUAUAUUGAAGCUUGCUGACAUAAGAAAACUAACUUUGACUGAGAGGGAUACGCUGCUCGCAGAGAAUUUUGCGCUGCUUGAAGAGAAAAAGCGGAGGACUGAAUUUUAAUUUGGGGGAGUUUGGGACCCAGGAGACAACGUAAGCGCACUUACUCAGGGAAUCUCGGAAUGUGAUCAUAAACCACCGUGGAAAGGAGGAGAAUCCCAGCAGUAUGUGGAACUGGCAGUAAACAAUCCUGAGUCUUGCAUCUUGUACCAGAGGAGGGGAAUCUUUGUCUGUGGAAGAAGGAAAGCACAUCAGAAUCACUGGAAGGCAAGGCCACAGGAUUAAAUUAAUACAAAUACAAAAAGAGGAACGGUGAUCAAGUAUAUCCAAGAAGUGAAAAAUGCAACGCGGUAUUUCAGAUAACUAUGGUCACCAAAGUUUCCACAAUCCAGCGACCCAGAAGUUGUUUGGAAGAUCCAAUCGCCAGUCUUGGAAGGCCUUCCCUAGACAUUCCUAUUCUGCAAACGUACCACCAGCAAGCUACUCCCCUGAAGGUACAGAUCAUCUUGCCUAUCCUCCAAAUGAAUUGUCAUCAUCUUGUCAUGAUUCUACUCUUCAUUAUUCAAAGCUAAUUUCUAACGUGACUGGAGGCUCCCAGUCUGAAACUAUGGUGCCUUCUCCUUAUUCAAGGCCUUUGACAACAGGGAUUCAGCCUACUAGUUUUCAAAAUAGAUCGAUGCAAUCCACUUCAACUUCCUUCCAAUCUUGCAAGUUUGUGCCUUCGCAAAACAGUGCACCAUGCUGGAACCAAGGUGGCCACCAAAUGGUAAGGAAUUUCACACCUUAUCAGAAUCCUGUUUCUACUGACAUGGAGCCAAGUGCUCAGAGCCUUCUGGAUACUCGACUCAGACCACCUCUGCAAAAACACAAGGUGUCCCCUCCCUCAGAGCAACCUCCAGUUUGGUCGGACAGAAGGACACCUUUUGUUGCUGGACAAGUCGAACAUUACUGGAAUAAGCAAGCACCUGAUUACCAGCAAAUGCCUGUUCAUGGAUCUUUUAUCCAUAAGGUUAAUCAGCAGUUUUCUAAUGAAUACCCUUAUCAUUUGGGACCAUUCCAGAAGGCCAGUAUUGAAAUAUACAAAGAGUCGAUUGGUCCCACCAUUUUUCAAACAGGUCACCACGGAGAGGGGACACAGGUGCUACAAAAAGAUGCCUUCACAGUUCCACAGGUAGCAACUCAAAACCAUUCAGAAGCACCUAUGAGCAUACAGGGGUCAAAAGCAAUUGGUAAUAAAUCUUAUGCUCACAUUCCCAGUCCAGAUGGUUUAAGAUCUGCUUCAGGCCUAGCAAUAGACGCACAAUGGGAAAAUAGUGGAGCUUUUCAAAAUCAUGGCAGAGACUAUGAGCCUACUUACAGAGGGCAAAAUAUUUCAGAUACAUACUCCCAAAAUAUCCCUCAAUAUUCAAGGAAGAGAAAAUCGGUUGAUGUAAUGAAGUUUCUUUCAGAACUUUCAAGCAGAGAGUUAAAGGCCUUAAUGGUGGCAUUUGAGCUUUCAGAAAAAAAGAAACAAACAGCAGGACAGGUUGGUCAGCUGCCGUAUGCACAGCAGAAUCCCACAAAGAUGCAAUCCUGUCAAUUUACACCACAAAAUGCAUCUUGUAAGGGUGUCAAUAUAACAUCUCAAAGAUCUGUCAAUUUAGUGAACGGUUAUGAAGAGAUUAGUAAAUCAUAUCCUUCAACUGUACUUAAGAAGCUGCAGAAGGAACAAAUUUCUCAUGUCAACCACAUGUCUCUGAACACAAACCCAACAGCAUAUUCAAAUUUUAUAGACUUGUCGAUGAGAGAUUAUUGUACACAGAGUAAAAAUAUGAACAGUAAUGUUGUUUAUCCAAAUCAAGGCUCACAGAAGGUUUUACCUCCCCAUCUUGGAAAUUCCCAAUAUUUCUGUCCAGAUCCAUCAGUUCCAUGUGACCAGGCUCACAAGGAAAACUCUGUUUGUCAGAACGAUGCAGAAACCUCCCAUUCAAAAAAUCAUUCUGAGUGUUUGGGCACUGAUUGCAACUUAAAUAGUUAUUCGUUUAAUUACAGCACAAAGAAUCUGGAAACUCCAUCAUCCAUUAACCCCAAUUACCCUGGAUCAAGCCAACAAAAUGGAAGUCAUCAUUCCAUUCAACCAAUGAAUGCCAGAACAUUAGCCGACAUUAACCAGAUAGAUAUCCCAGACCUGAAGACAAAUGCAUCUCAGCACAACGAUCAAAGUUUUAAAAAAUUAGAAGCAUUGUAUAAUAUGUUGCAAAGUUCACACAUAAAUAAAACAAACAGUCAUUCAAAACGUCAGAAGGUGGAAGCCCCUUUGCCCACCAUUCGGCCAUCUGCAUUUGAACUGGAUUACGUGAACACUGGAUCGUUCAGUGCUAUACAGUCAACUCAUGUCAACCAAGUUACAGAAUAUAUACACAACGAGCCACCACCAUACACUAAAUGUAAUGCAUCAAGCCCUUCUGCUCAUUCUCAUUCAAAACCUCUUGAGAGACAGAAUGCACUUCAACUGCCAAAAACAUUAGAAGAAAAAGGAUCAGUUCCCACAAACGAAUGUGGAGACAAAAGUAACAACUCACUGAUAAGAUUUCUACUUACUAACUCAAUGAAUGAAGGAAACAAUGCAACUUUCAUGAAGUUGGCUGAACAUAAGUUCCCAUGCUGUUCAAGUGAACUAACAGGGAACCCACAACCUCAAUAUAAAAUGGAUGUUGCAUUACAUCCUCAAAGUAUCACGGAAGAGCAGCAAACAAGGGGAUACCCUGGUGAUGAAUGCACUGUAGCUUCAGUAGAUUCCCCAAAAUCCUUGGCUUUAGUAUCUGAAGAAGUAAGCACAGGGGAAGAAACUGCCACUAACAUGGUUCAUUUCUCAACUUCAGCAUCAAAUGAUCAAAAGGAUGAUGCUUCAGUUCCAGAGGAUCUUCAGGAACAGGAUAAUGUCUCCCCUGCUCAACCUCUUAAUGGUCAGGCAGCCCCAUCAAUUUGUAACACACAUAAUGCAGAACUCAACUGUAAAGCCAGCAGUGGGCUUUCUACUGGAAACCAUGAGGAGAAAAUUACUUCAACUUCUGACAUUUACACAACCAAAAUUUGCGAAGUAAGUAGUUCAUCCCCAGAAAGAGUCAUUGAAGAAUUAACAUCAGUAUCAAAUUCUAAGGAAUCGUCAGCAAAGGAAUCAGACACUUUGGAGUUUAUUUUACGUUCCCUGGGGAUUAUUCCAGAAGAUAGUGAAGAAGGACGUGCAGAAGAGAGCACAGUUCUGACUUCUCCAGAUAAUCUUUCCUGUACAAAGUUGCAACAGAACCCAGACAUAGGUCGGUCACCAGAGAGCAAAAAGCAAAAAGCAGAGGCUUCACUUGAUCCUUUCUCCAAAGUAAGCUCAGUUGGUUCCAAUGUUGCUUCAAUUAGCAUUAAAGAAAACCAAUGCAAGUUAAAUGUACCUGCUGACUUUUUGUACAAUGACGAUGCAGAUUCUGUAUUACGUAAACUGAAAUCUGAUGAAGUAAACCAAUUGAGCUCUCUUUACCAAAUUGACAUUCAAGUGAAAAGUAAUCAAAAUACAACAGUACUGAGUAGUACAGAAGAUAAUACAGAAGACUGCCAAAUAGCAAAAGAAAACUUACCUGAUAACUUGGCUAGUGCCGAAACAAAAAUGCAAAAACACACUGUUGCAAUCAACACUGAAGAUGGAAGUUUGCACGAUGACAGCAUCUCUUCAGUCUCAGCAAGUCAGCUGUCUUCACCCAGCAGUUCUUCCCAUCAAAGGCUUGCACAGUUGGCUCUAAUAAAUACUGUUCCCAACCAACCCGUGCAUUUGAGUGGAAGUUACAAUGAUAAGUGUUUGAGAAACUGCUCGGAUAUUGCAUCUUCUCGUCAAAUGCCAGUUGGAUCUGAUUGUUAUGUUAUUAAUGCAUCCACUGUAAACAUGGUCAGAUAUAAGAGGCACAGGGUGGAUGGGCGUUUUGAUUUAUCUAAAGAGUUAAUCAAGCAGCUGAGCCCAGCCCCACAAAAUGAAAUUAUGGGAACCCUUGAGACCAUGGGAAUGUCUAAAUCACAGGACAACCAUGAAAAUAUACUGCUGGACACUGCUGGAAUUUCAUCAGACUUUACAUUGACAGCAUUUGCUGGCAGCACUGCAGAAACUGAAAUUUCAUCAGAUAACAAUGCGUUGAACAGUGCUGACCAUACUGCUUCAGACCUCUUGCACGCAAAGCAGGAUGUCCCACCCACUAGAGUAAGGUUACAAUGCACAUUUCCUGCAUCGGGUAUUCACUCAUUCCUUCACAACAGCAAUGAUGAACUAAACCCUCUUGGUGUGACUGUGGGACAGGAAAAACUUGAUGAAGGCUCUCUGGUGCAAGAGGGGAAGAUAAAUGGAUGUACAGCAGUGGCAGCCCAUACUAAUCACAAAACAGAUUUGCCAUCAGGGAUUAGGAUAACAUUUGUAUAUUCACUUUCAGAAUACUGGGAACAUUCUACAUCGUUGAAUGACAAGGAUACCAUUUUGGGACCUUUGGCAACUGCUGGCCGAGAUCUUCAGAAAUGUUUCAGGAAAGUGUGCAGUUUUUCCACUCACCAAGUGAAACAAAAAGCAAAAGUGAUAAAUGGUAAAGGAAUACUCAGUGCUUUAAUGAGAACUUCUAGAAAUUUAGGAGCAAGCCCACUGAGAGGCUGUAUUACAGAGAUGUCUUCUAGCCAGGGUACUGUGCAUUCCAUGAACAACUCUCCUGUAGAUUUGAUUGAUACCUUCAGCACCAGUUUCCAUCCAGAGCUAAACUUGGGUAGAAUUCCUGCGGAUGAUAGACAUGCAAAUGCAAUAACUGCUUCUACAAACAUCUCCAAGUUGGUGUCUGGAAAUGUAUGUUGUACUGAAAGCUCAACUGAGGGGUGUCCAAAUGUAGAAGAAAAGGAGACAUCUGCUCUCUGCUGCUGGAGUACCAGAGAGACUAUGAAUCAGAACAUCUUCAGCCAAAAUAAAUUUCCCUCUGUGGCCGAGUUGGAAUUGUCAACCGAGUCCAUUUUACGUUUCUGGUCUCCAUCCAACGAUGUUACAGAAGUGUGUGAUCCAAGUCAAGAGCCUGAAAAAGGAUCGGAUUUUGAGCGUGGGAUACAAAGGAUAUGUAGUGGUCUUGGAAUAUAUACAGCUGCCAGUGAAGUGGAAUUGAGUAAGAGCAUGCACAAUCUUAGUGCUUUACAUCAUCUCCAGUUUGAUUUCACUGCAGCUAUCAGUGGGAACCAGGUCCAUGGAGAAACAUCUCAUCUAAAUGGCUCAUAUAAUCAGUGCAGUGUAGCAGAAGUCACUGAAGUUGAGGAAGUGGCUGAGGAACUCAAAUCUAAGUUGGUGGAGAGAACUGCUGUGUCCUAUUCAUCAACAGAUGAGGACAAUGUGGGUAAUUGGACUGAUACUGCUUUGGUAAAACUGCCACUGGAGACCUGCAGCCCAAAAUCUUGUCUCCAAAAUGGCAGUGACCAAAUGAGGGGUGAUCUGGACAUCACUGUGCAUGGGGACAAUGAGACGGAAGCUGGCAAAACAGAGAUGUCUAUUCCUGCAGGUGAAUGGAGAAAUGGCACACAUGAACCCAUGAACAAGGGCAGCAGUUUUACUGGACCCUCAGCACACCCUUUCAGAGAUGAUAGUCUGAACGAACAGGAGUCUGACUCAGUUCUCAGUACUGAAAUAAGAAUUAAAGUACUGGAGGAUCAAGAGCUCACUAGUGUUCUUUCUGAGUUGUCAUCUGGGAACCCCAGUCCUGAAUCUGUAGCAGCGAAGUGGAGUUCAGAAGGAUUGACCCCAGAAACACAUUGGAAGAGCAAGAACUGUGAUCCUAGAUAUUUGGAUAUAGUUGGAAAGGAACAACUGGAAAUGUCAGCCACAGUAUGUUCUUCUGAGACACUAACUUCCAGAACUCUAUCUUUCAGUAGAACUGUAAGCAGUCUGCAGCAGUGAUGCAGACUUUGGACACCCAUGUCAGUUGCAGGUUACAGAGAACUUGACCAGGAAGUCCAUCCCAUUACUGUGGCAGAUCCUCACCGUUUGCCUGGAAAAUCUCUAGAGCAAUUGAAAAAAUCAAGUUUCCCCAGAAGUCUUGCAGCUAUACACCCUCAUUUUUUUGCUGCACUGCACAACACACUUAAGUGCAGUGCUUCAUACAGAAUAAACAUUUCAACUGAGAAUUACAGGAGUCUUAUUUCUUGAAAUUUUAUACCAAUUUAGUCAUUUGUGAAUAAUAAUGUUCUUUACAUCCCUGACUUGAGCUAUCAAGCUUUGGCAUUACAGUACUUCCACUGUAAUGAUAGUGAGACUGUCAAAGAAUUCUCAUAUGGCAGAAAAGGGAUAUUCUGUAAAUAUUAAAGAUCAGUGAAUGAAAUUCCUCAUGUAAAUAUAAUAAAACUUAUUAUUGACUUACAAAUGCUGUAUUAAAGAUUG